AUGGUAUCACUCAGGUCCAUCGCGACCGCUUUCGCGGGUGUCGCUUUGUUCUUUGAAUCCUCAUUAGCAAGCUCAGUUAAGCGUAACGCCGUUAACUACAUCUCCUUUCUCGACGAACCCGUCAUCAACACACCGUCUCACCGCAUCCGAGCCGACUCACACUUCGAUCUCCUCUUCUCACUACACAACGGCCAGCAGAAGAUCCGCCUCAAGCUCGAACCGAACCAUGACAUUCUACACGAGAACUUCGCCAUUACUCACCUUAGCGCCGACGGCACUGUGCGAUAUGUCGAGCCUGUGAAUCGAGAGGAGGAAAAAGUAUUCAAGGGCUCCGCGUUUAUUCAGCGAAUUGGAAGAGAAGGGUGGUCGAAUGCUGGCUCAGCAAGAAUCACAAUUCACCGUGACGGCAAGGACCCUGUUUUCGAAGGCACGCUCAAGAUCGACGGCAACCAUCACCACAUCCACACCGGCACCAACUACCAACAAGUACGACACGAAAAUGACCCCGUUCUAUCGCCCAAAGAACAAACAGACGAUGUCAUGAUUGUCUGGCGAGACUCUGACAUUAUGUCCUUUAGCCCUAACGAAUUGAGGAAGCGUGAUGCGUCGGCUGCGCUCUGUAACUCCGACACUUUGGGUUUCAACAGCAAGUUUCACGAGCUUCAGGACUUUGACACGUUUGGCGCGGCAAACGCUAAAUCCCUUUUCGGUCGCCAAUCCAUUGAUGGAGGUACAGGAAACGACGGCAGUAGUGUCGAUCUCGAAGCGACAAUUGGCUCUGUCAAUGGUUGUCCCACUAGCCGAAGGGUCGCUCUCUUAGGAAUUGCAACGGACUGUGAAUACACCUCGAACUUCAACUCGACAGAGGCUAUGAGGAAGAGCAUUAUUCGAAUGGUCAACGAUGCAUCGGAGGUUUAUGAGAAGACGUUCAACAUCACCCUGGGUAUUCAGAAUCUCACCAUCAGCGACGGGUCGUGCCCGGGUAGCCCAUCAGAGUCGGCCCCUUGGAAUCAAAAGUGCUCCAAGGAUGUUAACCUAUCCGACCGCUUGAACUUAUUCUCCAAGUGGCGCGGCCAAUUUCAAGAUACUAACGCCUACUGGACCCUUCUGAGUACCUGUAACACCGACUCUGCCGUUGGCCUUGCGUGGCUGGGUCAACUCUGCCGUCCCGGUUCUGCCGCCAACUCAAACACUGGGGGACGAAACGAGACGGUUGCUGGAGCCAACGUUGUGGUCAGAACUUCGUCAGAAUGGCAGGUUUUUGCCCACGAGACGGGCCAUACAUUUGGUGCUGUCCAUGACUGCACAUCGAGUACAUGCCCGGUCUCGUCAGAUGCGCAGGCCUGCUGCCCCUUUGCUAAGAGCUCGUGUGACGCUCAAGGCAAUUUCAUCAUGAACCCUUCUUCCAGGGAUGGCAUUAGCGAAUUCUCACCCUGCAGCAUCGGAAAUAUUUGCUCUGGUUUUAAACGCAACAUCAACACGGAGUGUCUUACCGAGAACCGGAACGUCAAGACCAUCUCAGGCCAGCAGUGCGGUAAUGGAAUUGUCGAAGAAGGCGAGGAUUGUGACUGUGGUGGAUCUGAAAGCUGUGGCGACAACCCCUGCUGUGACGCAAAGACAUGCAAAUUCAAGGGCAAAGCUCAGUGCGACAACUCUAACGAAGAAUGUUGUACGGAGGAAUGCAAGUUUGCUUCUUCAGGAACUGUCUGUAGAUCCAGCACCGGCCCUUGUGAUCCUGAGGAGAAGUGCUCAGGAAGUAGUGCGGCAUGCCCCAAGGAUGCACACAGCGACGAUGGCACAGACUGUGGUGACAGUCUUCAGUGCGCAUCUGGUCAGUGUACAUCACGAGACGAGCAGUGCCGAGCGAACUACCAGAAUACGACAUCUUCAAGCGUUAAAGCCUGCACCAACAGCUGUCUUUUGUCUUGUCAAACGUCGGAUAGUGGCUUCUGCAUGCAGCGAAACCAGAACUUCCUCGAUGGUACACCUUGCGGUGGCGGAGGUAAAUGCGAGAAUGGUAACUGCGAGGGCGCUUCGACAUGGAAAGAGAUUCAGAACUGGUUCAAGAGCAACAAGAACAUUGCCCUUCCCGUGGGAUGUGUUCUUGCGGCGCUCCUCGCUUUGGUCCUCUGUUGCUGCUGCUGGAGUUGUAUCCGACGACGCAUAGCUCGACGAAAGGCUGCGAAGCGACCAGCAAUGGGUGCUUGGACAGGAUAUCCUUCCCAUCGAGGUCCUGGCCCCAACCAAGGCGGCUACAAUUACCCGCCACCUCCGCCCAACAACGGAUGGCAGCAGGAACGGUCGCGCAGUAUGAGAUAUGCUUAG